UUGUUUUUCUAAUAAACCACGCCACCAAAACCCCUUUUUAGCUUAUUCUCUUCUCUUCAAUUUCUCACUCAUCACCCAACUUUUCUCACAUUUAUUUUCCCCAAAUGGGUCUGUUUCAAUAACACGCAUUUUGCUCUUCAAUAACAAAUUCCCUAUAUCAGAUCAUAUAAAGAUUACAUUUUUGCAGAAAAAAUCAAGAAUUCUUAGUUUUUCUUGUUAAAGUUUUGAGCUUUUUUGGGUUUUUGUUUCAAUGGCUACUGGUACACAAGGGUCUGAUGAGACAGCAGUGAUUAAGGAUUCUGAUUUAAUCACAAAUUCAAAAUCAGAAUAUGAAAUGCAGAAUAUUGUUCAUAUGUUGAAUAAACUCAAGUUGAAUCCACAGGCUAAGGAAUUUGUUCCUUCUUCAUAUAAUAAUCGUGAUCAGAUGUUUUUCAAUAAUUUUGUUACAGCUCACAAGUCUCUGGGAGGUGAUGGUUUCAGAAAUAACCAAAGGAGGGGGAACAACUUUAACCAGGGCAGAAGGAGAAUGAACAGUAGAUCUUUCAGAGCUCAAAGAGAAGAUAGCAUUAGGCGAACAGUCUAUGUUUCUGACAUUGAUAUCAAUGUCACAGAGGAGCAGCUUGCUGCGCUAUUUAGUGCCUAUGGACAACAGGUUGUUGACUGCCGAGUUUGCGGUGAUCCCCACUCCCGCCUUCGCUUUGCUUUUGUGGAGUUCGCUGAUGAAUAUUCUGCAAGAGCUGCACUUAGUCUUUGUGGGACAAUAUUAGGUUUCUCUCCACUCAAGGUCCUACCAUCAAAAACUGCUAUACUACCUGUAAAUCCUACAUUCCUUCCAAGGUCAGAGGAUGAGCGCGAGAUGUGCGCGAGGACAGUCUAUUGCACAAAUAUCGAUAAGAUGGUUUCUCAAGCUGAUGUCAAAAUCUUUUUUGAAACAAGAUGUGGUGAGGUUUCUCGUUUGAGGCUUUUGGGGGAUCAAGUGCACUCAACCCGUAUAGCUUUCGUUGAAUUUGUCAUGGCUGAGAGUGCAAUUUUGGCAUUGGAUCUUUGUGGUGAGACAUUGGGCUCCCAACCUAUCAGGGUGAGUCCUUCAAAGACACCGGUUAGGCCAGAAGUUCCCCGCCCUGCAAUGCACUAGGCGAUACUUGGAGCUCAAGGUCUUGAAAGAGAUCAACGCGAUCCCUCUUGGAAGACUUGAGGUCAUUGAUGGGAAGGCGAAAUGAAUACGGCUCUGUAAUUUCCUUCUAUUUUACCUUACCAACUUUAACUCUUUAGUAUUGUUGGACAUGACUGUUGAUCUUGCUUUUGCUAGAGUAUUAAUGGUAAUGUCCGACCUAUACUACAGUUAGCUUGAUUGAUCAUAUACCCUUUUUUUUAAAUUUCAAUCAUAUAUCCUUUUGAAUCUCGUUUUUGAUAA